AUGAGGCUAAACAAAAGUUGGGCCAAGCCACAGGUCGAAUUUGCUGGUAUUAGCCAAGACUGGUCCCUUACCUUGUCUAUCGAGACCAGGACCUCGAGGUUGCUGGGAGUGUUUUGCACAAUAAGGUUCAAUACUGAGACGUCACAGCAGAGCCAUAUCCGCAGACUUUUAUGA